AUGGUUAAGAAAGGUAGUCUGCAAACAUUUCGUCCUUUAGAGUGCGCUGAUUUUCUCAGCAAAUCUCGACAAGUAGUAGUAAUUAACGAAGGUCUGUACUGUCACGUUAUUGGAGAUCUAUUAAAUGAAUCAACAAACUCUGCAUUUUCAACCCAAACUUUUAAACUUGUUUGUGAGCCGGAGACGAGAAUCUUCAGCAUACAAGACUUCGCUGGAUCAGAGAUAGGAUUUAACGAUGGAGCAUCUCCUAUUGGGGCCGUAGUUUUGACCGGGAAAGGUGAAUUUGCUGGUGUCUUAGAUUUUGCAGAUGGUUUUUUGACCCCCGUAUUUUUGCCGGACUCGUCGAUGAUAGUGAAUAUUCAAAAUGGCGAUCCUGCCUUUCCAAGUAAAGGGGAGAAUUUCGCAAAUGUGGAAUUGGAUGCUGGAAAUGAAGUCUUGGGUUGUGAAAUCAGUCUGGACUCAAGAGUUUCACCUCAUGGUUCAUCACAUGCCAAUAACAAUGAAUCAUUGCUUUCCUCAGAGGGAUUCAAACCUGGUAUUGAAUCAUCAAAUCCUGCAAAGGUGGAUGCUCUUGAUUCAGGUCAGAGAGAGGAAGUGAUCCAACCAGAUCAAGAAUGUAUAGACAUAUUUGCUUCAGUUGGUAAGAAAACUGAGUUGGAAACAGGAAUUAUUUCAAAUCCAUUGGAUCGUGAUGAAUCAGAAUUUUUAGAUACUCUCGUGGAAGAGUCUAGCAAAGUGAAAGAUCUAGAUGAAAGCAAAAGUUUGAGUUUGGUAGAGAAAUCAUCCUCUGGGACUGAAGAAACCAAAGGUGCUGAGGAUGUAACUGCAGAGACUGGAGGGAUUGUGAUAUCUUGCCAUGGAAAGGAGAUUAUUACAAGGGACAAUGACAAUUUAGUGACAGUCAUUCAAGUGGGUAGUGCUAUGUCUGUAGAAAAAGGAGCCACUCAACACGAAGAUACUUUGGGUAAGGACAUCACAGAGAGUGAUUAUUUUAUACCAGAGACCAGUCCUUCAGAAAUGUCGCCACCUGAAAGCAAGGGUUUUUAUAAUGGAGAGCUGUCUGAUGUUAAAGAACCAAGGGCUGAUUGUUCACUAGAAAGCAAGAAAAGCUCUCUGAUAGACCAAGAAAACUUUGAAACUUCAGAUCCCAAUGAACAUGUCUAUAUAGAAAGUAACCAUGUAUCUUUGGAAGGCUCAUUACCUCUGGAUACAAAGGUUGAAACUGAGUCAGUUGAGAAGCAAGACAUGGAAACCAGUGAUACAGUGCUGGACACUCGCGAGAAGGAGGACUCCAUUGUAUCAUCUGAGAGUAAGACAGACAUGCACACAUCUGACAGAUGUGAACUUUCCACUGAGGUUAUUGCACCUGUUGAUCAUGUUGGAAAUAAAGCUAGGGAAAGUGGUCAUUUGAAAGAGUGCGAAGCUGAGGACAUCAAUCAAGAAAAUUCUUCCAUUGAACCUUCACUGCAGGCGUCAGAACUAAGGGAAGAAACUGAUGUCGAAGACAUCAAAGGAGCACAGUUAGAGGUCAGUGUUGGUGAUGAACAUUCUGAGAAUGCAGGUACAGAUAGUGGAUAUCUUAAUGCCUCUACAACUCUGCAAGAGUCUGAUCUACACAGUAACACAGUUGUUGUUGACAGUUAUCAUCAUGAACAAUCUGAAAUAGAAAAUGAAAAGUAUUCUUUAAGGUUGAAUGGAAAUCAGGCAGUUAUAACACAGAAAGACUUUGUCAGUGUAACUGGUGAAGCAGUUGUCUCUACUGGAAAGGAGGAGUGUGCUCAUGGCAAUGAUAAACAUGAAUUACUCAAGGAAGCAAUGUCAAUAAAGGAGUCUCCAGAGGACAUCAGAGAAACAGAGGUUGAUCAGCACGCUCUAGAAGAAACUCUUUCUUCAAAUGCUAUUGCCAUGGAGAAGAAAACUGAAGGACAGGGUGUACAAGUUGUGCUACAACCAUCCACUAAUUCUGAUCAAAGGGAGGGUGAUGACAACGAUGAAUCUGUGGAAUGUUCCCAGGGAGAAACUGUUGUUGUGCAAAGAGUUGAUGCAGAUUCACUUCUUACUGAGACCAUCACAAAUAAUCCUCUUAUUCUUGAUGACCUUGGAAAAUGUUUGGACACAGAGUACCUUUAUGGGAAAGUUCCUUGUUGGAGAGACCUUGCUGAAUUAUUGGGAAUACCUCCAGAAGCCUAUGAACACUGUGGUACUUUCUCAGCCACAAGUCCAACUGAGGACUUGUUUGUGUUCCUAACAGCAACAAAACCUCAACUUACCAUUGAAGAUAUUAAGGAGGCUUUGAAAGAAAUUGACAGACAUGAUGUGGCUCAAUAUUUAGACAGAAAAAUUUCAGCUGGACUGAUCAGUAGGGAAAGUGUAGUUGCCAGUCUUGUUGAAAAAGACGACACAGGAAUUCUUGGUCAUAUGGCUCUGAAACUUGACUUGAGACGUAGAAAGGAUUGGAAAGGGUUAGCACUACAGCUGAAUGUACCCCAUCGUGUGUUACGAAACUUUGGAUCUCACCAAAAGCAUAAUUCUUCUUUGAUGUUGUUAAAGUACAUUCCAAUAUUUGAUCCUGAGAUGACAUUAGCACAUCUGAAAAACUGCUUGAUGUCCAUUGGAAGACAGGAUGUUGUUGUAAUCUUUGACAAAGGUGGAAUUCCAGGAGAUGAACCUGUUAAGAACAUUCUGGAUGACUCAGACCUGCUUGAUCAAAUAACAGACCUGCUGAAUGAAGACCCACCUUCUCCCCAUUGGAGACACCUUGCAAAGGAGCUGAAAAUUCCUCAGGAAAAAUGCAAAAUCUUUGAACCCACAGAAGAUGUCAACAGCCCCUCUAAACUGCUGUUUAAAAGUAUUGAGAGAUGCGAGCCAGAUUUGACAUUUGAGGAACUCGUUCUGGCACUUGUUGCAAUGAAAAGACAGGAUGUCUUGGAUGUCCUCCUCACAUAUUUUUCAAGUGAUGAUAUUGAUCAAAUACUGGAAGAAAAUAAUCUUCUUGAACCCUUAGGAGAUAUCCCAGAAGAGACUGAAAGUUAGAGUAAAGUCAACUGUUUGUCAAGGAGGAAACAGUGGAGCAAUGAAAUUGUUUUAAGAUAUUUCACUUCUGUUAGUUUACUCCUCAAUCUUCUGUUUCUAAAAGAAACAAAUGGGAAUAGUAUAAAGGUCCUACUCAAGGGGCUAACCAUUUAUAGGGAUAGAUGGGGGGGGCUUUUAAAGUGAGAGGGUGGGUGGGGGAGGGAGGCAGUGAAGUCACAUUGAACAGUGCAUACACAGUCAAUUAAUAGGUGCUAUACAUGUACGCAGAUGGGAGAGGGGUUGAAAAGGGGUUGACCUGUCGUGACUUAUUUUCCAUUUUUGGGAUAAUUGGGGACCUCACUAACUUUGUUCUGCCAUCCUCUGUGACUGGUUCACAGUUAAAAUUGCCUGAUAAUUGCAUUAUACACAAUUGUGUUAAUUGAAUGGGUCAUUAGAUGGUUAAAAUCAGGGCUCGACACUAACUUUUCAACUUACCAGUCAAGUGGCUAGUGACAACUUAGAUGUUACAA